CCGUCCUCCUCCCUCCCCUGCUCGGUCCCUUCCACCCCCGGCACACACACACACACCCGCACGCACACACACACCCCAUUGAUCAAUAUUUGGCUGUCUUGCUGCAACUUGCUGCAGUCUUUUAAAGGAGUAGUAGAGAGAGAGGGAGAGAGAAAGGGAAACUGGCAGGAAGGGGUAAGGAGCUACACAUGUCACAUGUGCUUUCUAAGACGGCCAGGAGCAUCUGCAGGCUGGAUCUGGUGGAGGAUGCUGCGGCAGGUGAUACACAGAGGGCUCCAGUCGUUUUUCUACAAGCUGGGCUUAUUCGUGAGCAGGCAUCCGGUGUUUUUCCUCACUGUGCCCGCAGUCCUGACCAUCAUCUUCGGCUUCAGCCUGCUCAACCGCUUCCAGCCUGACACUGACCUGGAGAGCCUGGUAGCCCCCAGCCACAGCCUGGCCAAGAUCGAGAGGAGCUUAGCCAGCAGCCUUUUCUCCCUCGAUCAAUCCAAAAGCCAACUGUAUUCGGACUUGCACACCCCGGGGAGGUAUGGCAGGGUGAUUCUCCUCUCCAAACCCGGAGGCAAUAUUUUGCAUCAGGCUGAUGUGAUCCUGCAGAUCCACCGAGCCGUGCUGGAAAUGAAGGUGAACUACAAAGGCUAUAAUUAUACUUUUUCCCAUCUGUGUGUGUUGAGAAAUCAGGAUAAGAAAUGCGUGCUGGAUGAUAUUAUUUCAGUGCUAGAGGAUCUGAGGCAGGCUGCCCUCUCCAAUAAGACAACAGCCAGGGUGCAAGUGAGCUAUCCCAACACUAAAUUGAAGGAUGGAAGGAGCAGUUUUAUUGGCCACCAGCUUGGAGGGGUCAUGGAAGUGCCAAACAGCAAGGACCAGAGAGUCAAAUCAGCCAGAGCCAUCCAAAUCACUUACUACCUCCAAACGUAUGGCUCUGUCACCCAGGACCUCAUUGGGGAGAAGUGGGAGAGUGAAUUCUGUAAACUGAUGCACAAGAUGCAACUGGAUCACCAAGAUCUGCAGCUCUACUCUCUAGCAUCCUUUAGCCUCUGGAAGGACUUCCACCAGACCAGUCUCUUGGCCAGGGGCAAGAUUUUGGUGAGCCUGAUGCUGAUUCUCCUGACUGCUACCCUCUCGAGCUCCAUGAAGGACUGCCUGCGUAGCAAACCUUUCCUGGGCCUCCUGGGAGUACUCACUAUCUGUAUUUCCAGUGUCACUGCGGCAGGGAUAUUUUUCAUUACUGAUGGAAAAUAUAAUUCUACUCUGUUGGGAAUCCCUUUCUUCGCUAUGGGUCAUGGAACCAAAGGAGUGUUUGAACUUCUUUCAGGAUGGCGUCGAACCAGAGAGAAUCUGCCAUUCAAGGACCGGGUAGCAGAUGCCUACUCAGAUGUCAUGGUCUCCUACACAAUGACAAGCUCCUUGUAUUUCAUAGCCUUUGGCAUGGGUGCAAGCCCUUUCACCAACAUCGAAGCUGUAAAAGUCUUUUGCCAGAACAUGUGCGUCUCCAUCCUGUUGAACUACUUCUAUAUCUUCUCCUUCUUUGGCUCCUGCCUGGUCUUUGCUGGCCAGCUGGAGCAGAACCGUUACCACAGCAUCUUCUGUUGUAAAAUCCCUUCAGCAGAGUACCUGGACCGGAAACCUGUGUGGUUCCAGACCAUGAUGAACGAUGGCCAUCAGCACACUUCCCACCACGAGACCAACCCAUACCAACACCACUUUAUCCAGCAUUUCCUCCGAGAGCACUACAACGAGUGGAUUACCAACAUCUAUGUCAAGCCAUUUGUGGUGAUACUGUAUCUCAUCUAUGCCUCUUUCUCCUUUAUGGGGUGCUUACAGAUCAGUGAUGGAGCCAACAUCAUCAACCUUCUUGCCAGUGAGUCUCCAAGUGUCUCCUAUGCCCUCAUACAGCAAAAGUAUUUCAGCAACUACAGCCCAGUGAUAGGCUUCUACAUUUAUGAACCUCUGGAGUACUGGAAUGGUACUGUGCAAGAAGACCUAAAAACACUAAGCCAGGGGUUCAACACAGUGUCCUGGAUUGAACAGUAUUACCAGUACCUUCGGGUGGAUAACAUCAGUGCAACCAACAAAAGUGACUUUAUCAGCAUCCUCCAGAGCUCCUUUUUAAAAAAGCCAGAAUUCCAGCACUUCAAAAAUGACAUAAUUUUCUCCAAAGCUGGAGAUGAGAACAACAUAAUUGCUUCUCGUUUGUACCUUGUGGCCAGGACUAGUGAAAACACACAGAGGGAAGCAGUGGAAUUGCUGGAGAAGCUGAGGCCACUCUCUCUUAUACAGAGCAUCAAGUUCAUUGUGUUCAAUCCUACUUUUGUUUUUAUGGACCACUACGGUUUAUCAGUAACUAUGCCUGUCCUGAUUUCUGGUUUUGGCAUCCUCCUGGUGUUAAUACUGACCUUUUUCCUGGUUAUCCAUCCUCUGGGAAAUUUCUGGUUAAUUCUCAGUGUCACCUCAAUAGAGCUGGGUGUCCUUGGCUUGAUGACCUUAUGGAAUGUAGAUAUGGAUUGCAUUUCUAUACUGUGCCUUAUUUACACUUUGAAUUUUGCCAUAGAUCACUGUGCACCCCUGCUUUAUACAUUUGUACUCGCUACUGAGCACACCCGAACUCAGUGUAUAAAGAACUCCCUCCAAGAGCAUGGGACAGCCAUUUUGCAGAACGUUUCUUCUUUUCUUAUUGGGUUGGUCCCCCUUCUCUUUGUGCCUUCAAACUUGACCUUCACACUGUUCAAAUGCUUGCUGCUUGCUGGCAGUUGCACACUUCUGCACUGUUUUGUUAUUUUGCCUGUCUUUCUAACCUUUUUCCCACCUUCAAAAAAGCACCACAAGAAAAAGAAACGGGCAAAAAGGAAGGAACGAGAAGAGAUCGAAUGCAUAGAGAUUCAGGAGAAUCCUGAUCAUGUUACAGCAGUCUGAAAGGUUUAGAAAAAAUAAUAGUAUAUUCUCUUUUUAAAAAAGUGUUGCACAGAGAUGCAGGGAAAAUAGAGCAAAGAUCUCAGCUGCUUGUGCUGGCCAGGUCUGACAAGGCAAAGGAAGAUCAAGAAGGGGUAUUCAUGACACCUCAAGGUGCAAACUUUUUUUAACAAAAAUAAUGAAAGUAAAAUAAUCUCAAAUGUUUUCUUUGAAUCCUCAUUCUCCACCAGGGAAGAGGCUGUUGGUCAUUAAGUGUUCCUGAAUCUUAAACUGUAGCUCUAAUGCAAAUUGCUUAAUUUGUCUUAUGUAGACCUGAAGCAAGGGUGAAAAAAAAUAGUUACCAUUAAGUAAAAAGUAGGGAAAAGGCAGAUUUUUUUGAUAAAAUUGUCCAUGGAAGAGAAGAAGAAACAACAUUUAAAAUGAGAAAAGGUUACAAGACCAAGAGAGAUUAAAAAUGCCAUGGCAUUCUUUUUCUAAUUUUCUUGAGCAAGUUCGUUAAGAUGAAACCUAUGCACUUGGGAAGUAAAUGUUUAAAACAAUCUAAGCCAAAGUACUUCCCAAUUCCAGUAUACCAUAUAUAUCUGUCACACCACAGUUAGAGCAUUAUUGCAAAUAGGGUUGGCAAAGCUGAGGGAUAGAGGUACUGUUUAUAUAGGAGAAGAAACAACCAUAGGCAUUUGGAAAUUUAACAUUCAGUUCCUUUACAUAAAAAAUAUCAUUGUUAUCCAGAGGUCACAGCUGGUAGUUAAUACCAUACACACAUUUUAGUAUUUCUGAAUUGUGAAUUUCCCCUUGAACUAGCAGAUCUCACAAAAUUAACACAGACUAUCACCCCUGCAGAAGUGUUUGCAGUUCCUGCAGUGUAACACUUUUGAAUUCUAAUUUACCAGUGUUGACGUGAAAUACUGAGUAUUAAUCAAGCAGGAGCUUUAAAUGUAAUGAUGGAUUGCAUAUCACAGGCAUAACAUGAUCAGGUAACAGCUGAGUCAGCUCUGGAGCACCUGCACAGUAUUAUCACUAUAUAUUUGGUACAAUGGAUGAAGGAAUGUGUUUGCUGGUCCCUGCAAUAUGCUGCAGGAAGUGGGAUUUUCCCCUUCUUUAAGCAAAAUGUCAGUCAAAUAAUUGCCACACACACACACAAAAAAAAAACCCUUGUAAAGGUUUGCAUGGGGCUGGAUCAACACCUAGUUCUAAAAAGACAGAUUGGUCCCCUUUCUGGUGAAAUGUCUUUUUUAUUAUUAUUCCUAAAUAUUUGAGUGUUCAUCAUCUGCAACAUAAGCCUUUGUUAUGGCUGUUGAAAUUUCACAGGAGAGUGCAGUAAAUCCGCAGUUAUCUGUGACACUAGAAAUUGUACUGUAAAGGACUAUGAAUGACUUUCUCUGCUUUGUAAACUAUUCAGCUUAGUAGCCCAAGGGAAGGGAUGAAAACGGAUCCAGCCAUUUCAGUUUGCUCUCGGCCCAGUGCUGCACUGGACUUUGCCAUGUCAAUCUCUCCUUUCAGUAUUUUAAAAGGGCUUGCUUUUUACUCUCUGGAAUAUGGUAUAGCAUCACCUCCAUGAGUAAUGUCUUCCUGAAUCUAUAGUAUCCAUGAGGACACUAUGUAAAGAUAUCACUAUAUGGAGUGUUUAUGUCUACUUUGUAUUACUUGUGGGUACCUUUAAAAGAUUAUCUGGAAGCUGUUUGCCUUCCAAAAUGUAUAUACAUGUCUAUAUGUGGCUGACAACUCAGUCUCAAGCCUGCAGAGUUUGCUGAUGAGGGUGUGGACAUAUGUUUUACUAAAAAGCUCUCUGCAAGACAUUAAUUCUUUGCUAUGUGAUAUGUUUCACCUCUUCCUACUGUUUUAUGAUUAGGGAGAGCCAGAAAAAAUUCACCUGCAGCACAAAGAAAAGCCAUUUGAAUGCCAGUUCUAAUGUUCAUGAGCUGCUUCUGUUUCCAAGGAAUGCAAUUUCACCUCCUCUCUAUACUUUCUGUACUUUGCCAUUAUCAUUUGCCAAAAAUGACCUCUGUGUUUUAGGAGUGGUCAAAGCUCUUGAUUGUUUGAGGAAACUUUUGAGUGCAACAGGUAUUAAAGAAAGAUAAACUUUCUAGAAAGGCAAAGCUUCCAAAGUUUGAAUACAGACCUAAACUUCAGGGGUAGACAGAUCAAGGUUACCGGUUUGACCCAAAAUAUUCAAGGGCCAGCUGCAAAACUGAGAUCUAAGUAGUUUAGUAAGAUUUAGGAGCAGGGGAUGUUUUAAUGUUGGGUUAUGGCUCCGAUGUGUCUCUAAUUGGGAAGUAUUUACUGACCCUGAUUUCCACCUUGAAGACAUUGUGCAAUAUCCAUCCUUUUUAGAACAGCCCAUUAUGAAUGUCAAGCUUCCCAUUUCCUCCACUGUCCAUGCAAAACCUGGAUUGUUGUAGCACUUUGACUCUUGGUUAUCACUUCUGGAGCUGUUACCUGGGAAAUUCCUGGUCUUCUUUUGUACUGCCCAGAUGCAUUCCGGGGAUGUCUGUCAUGCACUGUAUUGAGGAAAAUGGCACUUUCCAAAGCCAUCACAGCCAGGAUUCAUCUCAUCUAACUCCAGACACUGACAAUGUAGAUAUUUAUAUCUGAACUUCCUUUAUGGCCAUGAGAGAGGGACAGACCCUUCUGAUCCCUUUUUUAGGUUGUGCAUUGGGAGUAAAAAAUCACACUUUUUCAAAUGCAGACUUCUGUCCAUUGGUGAUCAAGGAAGCUCAGCACAAUUAGUUCAAACACAGACAUGGGCUAUGCAGACUCAUCCAGAGAUGGUGAGAUUAACCCCACUUAAAAUGACCAAAUAUCAAGUGAAAGAGCAAAGAUAAAAACCAUCGAAACUUGCCUCCCAAGCUUCUAUUUUAGGGAUAAAUCCCAGGAGUAACUCAGCUUAAAUUUUAUGUUUUGCUUAUGAGGCUUUUAUGCAGAACAGAUUGUUUAAAAAUUGUCCCUGGAAUUCUCCUAGCAGAGAAUGGUGAGCCAAGAAAUUAAGAUGUCAAUAUUGAAGGUGUGCUUACAUGAAUGAACUAGAGUUUGAUGAAGUGUCAAAUCAGCUCCCCUCAACAUCACACACAUGCAGGAGCACUUGUAUAACAGACAACUGAUAUAUAGAUCACACACUGGGACUAGAAGCCUUUUAUUUCCAUACCAAUGCAAGAGUGGAGCAGAAAACAAACCAGAUCUUCCAUGGUUGUCAUUUGUUAUUUUUUGCCAACCAUUUUCCACAUCCAUCAAAAAAAAAAGACCAGUGCAGCUGUUACUUCUGCAGAUACAUUGGUCUCUGUGGAACAAGGAAAGCUUUCACUUCAACCUAAAAAUAGAUUAUUUUCUUCUAUAACCCAGUUCACACUGGAAUAAUUUUGGGAUAGAUAGUCCACAUUAUUUAAUUCCUUCUCCCUUUUUUUGCUUAUUUUUCUUUCAGUCCGUUUAAAAAAAAUUAUACCUUUUCCUAUAGAACUUUUCCAGCUCAACUGGACCUACACCUCUGAAGAAAGGGCAUAGCUCAUGCAAAGGAAUUUGACACUCUGAUAAAUGCUGCAUAUUUUUUCCCAGUUAUCAUAACUCCCCUGCAAUAUGGCACAUAUUCCUUUAAUGUCUGAUUUUAUAUAUGGUCUAGAUAAUCUACCAAGAACCCUCUGUGCAUCUCCUGCUUUGUUUGGUUUCAUUCCCUUGAAGUAUAUUGGUUUGAAUUCAUUGUUGAGAUAACUCUGUUGAAGUCAGUAGAUUUAUUGCCAUGAUAUAUCUGACUUUGCAUGCUUUCUGUCCAGUAAGAAGUGAAAUCAUGACAAAUGAACCUCUUACAUUGUUGAUGUGCUUGUUGAACAAUAUAUCUGUCUAUGCUCUAUAGCCAUUGUUGCAUGCUGCAUUCAGGAGGCUGCAAUGAAGGUAUAUUUCUUGACACUUUCCUCCGUGGGCUACUUUGACCUUGAUCUAUUCACUGUUUUUUUAUUAGAGUUAAGUCUUCAGCUCUAUAGUGCGGUACUUGAUAUAGGUUUGGAUUAGAUUUUUGGGAGAAAUUCUUUGCUGUGAGGGUGGUGAGGCCCUGGCACAGGUUGCUCAGGGAAGCUGUGGCCGCCCCAUCCCUGGAAGUGUUCAAGACCAGGUUGGAUGGGGCCCUGAGGGACCUGGCCUAGUGGAAGGUGGCCCUGACUGUGGCAGGGGUGUUGGAACAAGAUGAUCUUUAAGGUCCCUUCACACCCAAUCCAUUCUAUGAUUCUACAUUCUAUAACUUUGUUAUUGCCUAACAAAGCAUCAUACUUUUUAUGGCCAAGAUAGGUAUGGAUUCAUGGCACCUUACAUGCAUAAUUUAAAGAGUUAAAAAUCAGGAUUAUUGUUCUCAACCUUUUAGUUCAAACAAUUUCUCUUCAGAAUGCUAAUAUCUAUUGAAGUUCCUUGAAAAAGUCUAGUUCUGAAAUUUUCUCCAAUGGGGAAGAAAAGAACCGGGGGGAAAGAAGAAAUAUGCAGUUAAGUAGUUGUGUAAUCAGUGUUCUUUUUUCCCCAAAGGCUUUCACUGCUCUACUCUUAAUUAAGUCACACUGAGUAGUGACUCUAGCAUAAUUAAGAUUUAUUUCAAUGGAGUUAUUCCAUAUUUCAUUGUGACAAAAGCUUGGCUUAUUGUCUUUAUGCAAGCACCAUGCUAAGUCUCUGAUUAAUUUUUCAGUAAUUAUAAACUUUAAUAAGUUAUUUUUCAUUGCAACACUAGGUUUUUGAGUACCUCAAGCUCUCGUUUGAUGUUCUAGGAAACACUGUAAGGAAGUAAAGUUAGUCAGUCAGCGAGCAAGAGAUGUUGUGUUGGGGAAAAGGGAUUCUUCACAGAGGCAGCAUAUACUCCAACAAGGCUUUAAAUAAAAAAUGAUGCUCAGGAUAUCUCAGAUGAUUAAUGUGAAGUGGAAACCAAGUGAAACCUUGUUGGGAGGGUAGUGUAAUCAAAUCACAGACAGAAAAAACUUUGAUUUUUCUUCCAGAACUUCUUACACAAGCAAGAAGGCAUUUGAACAGGGAAGGAAACUGAAUACAGAAAGCAGCUCAUCUAUCACUUGAAAUGAUUCAUUUCACUGUAGUCUUACAUAAGCAGUGCCACAGACCAAGUGAGUGCAGGUUGUCCCACCUCAGCAUGGGCCUCUUCGUGUCCUAUUUUCCAUGUACAGCAAGGAAGGAAUUCCAUCUUUGAUUUCACAUCCCCUUGGGGAGGAGAUUCAGAGCUGCUUCCUUGCCUGACAAAACUGUGUGUGAAUGAGAGCUGAAAGAUGAACACCACACUGCAAGCACAGGUACUGCAUGCUCCUCUUGUUCUCUCCCCACCUUCUCAUGAGCAGCAACACCAUGAACUCUUGGUACCAAACUCACUGAGUGCCAGCAUUCAUAAUUUCCCCUGGAAUUUGUGAUCACAGCAGUUCACAAGCUGAUAGAUCUCUGACCAAGAAGACUUCAGGGACUUUUUUAGAGGUUUUCUUUGAAAGAUGCCCACUUCUCACUACAGAGCCUCAUACCUCACCUCACUUGCCCAACACUGGAGAGGUGCAACUUGUUCUGACAUGGAAGUCAGGUAGAAGAAAGUUUUCUGGAAACUUUUGCUUUUAAUCCUCAAGGUUUUUCCCAAACUCAAACUUUUUUUUUUUUUCUCAAGCAUUUCUCCAUUUGUUUCAACUUCCUUAAUAGCUUAAAAGCAAAGUCUCCCAUGCAAAAUUGGGAUGCUCAUCCUACCCACAGUGGUACAAAACAUCAUUGCUUAACCAUGAGGUUGAGGUGGGUUAUUGGCUUUCAGGCCAAACACAGGGAUUUGGCUUUCUAGCCCAGACAGGCAAUCAAAACCCUGCUGAAAACAAGUAAAUGUGAAGCAGUUCUGAACUUCAUCUUUCCUAGUUCUCUUUGUUUCCUCGCUGACAUAUCAAGGUGUCCACAACACUAUUCUCAUUUUUUCCUGCUUCCUCAUUUAAAAAACCAGUUUUUCUUUCCCACUCCCCAAGGCUAUCUUCCCUUUGCAGCUUCACUUAUUUUGUGCUUUAUUCUUCUCUGUGUGCUCUCAACCUCUUCAAAAUUUCCCUAUUUAUAUUUGAAAAUUAUGAGAGCAUAACUCUGUUGAAAUAAAUGGAAGAUGCCUGGAUGCUUUUAAAGUGCAGCCUGUGGUACAGAACUAACUAAUUUAUAACAGUGCCCAAAUAGCUAAAUACUUUCUUCAGACAGAAAACUGUCUGUAAGAAAACUUAGAAAAUAAUUAAGCCUAAAUUUCCAUUUUUUAUCUCAUAAACUUCUAUUUCUUAUGAUUCUUUUACUGUAGGCAUUUCUUUUUUUUCAGCACACUUUUAUCAUAGAAAUGCCUAGUUUUUCCCUGCUUUUCUCUCUCGGCAACAAAAAUAAAUGGACAUUUCUUCAUGCUCUCAAAAAUAAAUUAUUGCCCCUGCUUGGAACAUUUUGUGCCAAUUUUCUGUCCAGAGCACAUUUGCCAACCUGAAUUAUACAUACUCUUGGAAACAAGUGUUCCGGUGAAAAUGCUGAUAUGGCCUUAACUAGAGAAAAAUGAUUGGUACCUCAACAGUGUCCUGCUUAACUUCAAGCCCUCUGCAUCAGGCUGCUGAAUACUCCAGGAAGUAUUCCUAAUGUGGAUUGAUAAUGGUCUUUUCCUCAUUACUGGCACCAGUGUGUGGACAAUAUCAGCUGUAUAGUUCUCCUGAGCACACAUCAAAGUCUACCCUGCUUACAUAGUAAAAUCAUAAAUAGAUUAGCGCAGCUUUUGCUGAAGAAGGGAUAUAUCCAAUAUAUCCCAAGCUAAGGCAGCGGGGCAGCCUCUAGUCUAAAACUGCUUCUCAGUUUCCCAUCUGUAUGUUGGGUAUUUCACUGAGUUCCUCUGUAAAGGACAAAAAGCAUCACUUUUCUUUCAAUAAGCCAUUUGAGGAUAGGACAUGAAAUAUUUUAGAUUUAGUCACGGAUAUAAAUUUUUACAUAAGAAUUUGAAUAGAGAUGUCAAUUGAAUAGAGUAAAAGUCUCCGUGAAUAGAGAAAUAUUAGUCCGAAACAUCUUGCAAUUCUGGCAUGAUACUUCUCUGAUCUUAUUUCCUUUCAUCAAUGAGGACUGAAGUUUUUCACACAUUCCACAGUGAAGAUAAUCCCUGACCUACAAAAACAUCCUGUCUGCCAGAAGCAGACAUUCUCUUGGAGGAAAUCCCAUUGGUUUCAACUCCAUGUCGAGAUUUUGCAGCAUCUGGCAUAGCAGUGGUGUUAGUAUGUUCCUGUCCAAACAUAAACCCUUCUUCCCAAAAAGCAGACCCAAAUACUAAAUAUGUACGAUUUGUGGAAUGUGUGAUUUUGCCUCUGUAGAAAGAGGUUCUUGUAAAAUUCAGCUCUGAUUUUACCAUGAGGUGGGAAAGCAAAGAGUGACCAACAUAUCAGCCUAACUGCAGUUACUGUGCCUGUGUGAGAACUUCAGAGAAGGCUUAUCUAGCUAUGAAAGCCUAAGCAGUGACAGUAUCUUACCCUGAACAAGAAUUUGUCCUCUACUCACUACCUCAGAGAGCCACAAGUGUAAACUACUCUGCUACUGAAACAUGAUCUAAGUCCUGGGCAUGAUAAAGUUAGUUGAAGCACAGAACUUAGGGUACAUGUUCUUAAGACCAAGUGAUUCCAGGUUUUGUAACGACACAGGUAUUUAAUUAAAUGACACUGGAAUUUAAUCUUUAAAAUUAUUACCUAGAGCAAGCACAGCUUUGCUCCAGAAAACCAGCUCUCUCCCCAGCAAUUCCUGGGCACAGGCUGGGUGCUGGCACAGCCCAGGGACCAUUCCCACCAGACAACUUGUUUGCAGUUGCUCAUUUUUCAGACCACAGGAAUGUUUUAUAGUAUGGACAUUGACAGACCACAUCAGCCUCCUUUGGGACUGCAAAGCAAUCCUGACAUUGCCUGAUUCACUCGCAAAGUUAUAACUUUAGACAGCAAUGCAGCCCAUAUUCAUGGUGGUAUUUUACUUCUGAAGAUCUUCAUCUGGCAAAGCACUCAAGUAAAUGAUUUAGUUUAAUCAAAUUCUUCAGUAUCACGGACUGGGAUAUCGUUAAAUUUAAGCAUGUGUUUAAAUACUGAACUAAAUAAGAAUGCACUUAUCUCUGUGCUUCAAGUUAAAUAGGAGCUUUGAAGAAAAAGAGGCUUUAAAAGAAAAGGUCUUUUUCCCAUAACGUACUAAAUCCUACAAUUAUAGUAACAAUUUCACAAUAUAUAGAAAAACGGCGCCAAGCACAUAUAUUUUUCAGGGUUUCAAUUUCCCUGAUGUAAGACAUCUCAGGGACAUUUUAGUGAUUUGUUACAGUCAUACAACACUCAGGCAAGAACAAAGCCUUGCUGAGCACUUUUCCUGGGAAUAAAUAGCAAGAUAUUUGACUCAGAAUGAGAAUACAGUAUUUUAUGAUGUUAAAGCUCAUUUCUAAAAGAAAAAAAUGAAACUUUUCAUUUAAUGUAAUUCAUUAUUUCUUACAAGUGACACUCUGGAGAAGUGCUGGAUAUGCUUCUUUUAUGGAUAAGAGAGGAAAAUUGAUUGAUGAAGUUGAAUUCGGCUUUGCCAAUUAAAAAAAUAUAAUAAAAAAACCACAAAAGCUGGCUUUGUGCCCAGUGUAAAAUUUGCUGUGGCAUCAUCUGUUGCUUUUUAAUUAAAUUAAAUGUGAACUGUGGCAUAAAUGGGGCAGAAGUGGAAAUCAAAUUGUACGUGUCCUGGGGCUGCAUCUGCUAAGGAACGCUUACGUACACCAGGAAAAGAAAUCAAGUCCCCACUCCUGCAAAACCAGAUGCAGCUGCCAAGCCAUGAACAUUGUGAAUAAUCCCAUUGGCUUCAGUGGAGCCAUCAGGAUGCACAUAAAGAUUUGCCCAUAAGUCUUUGCCAGUCUGAGGACUGGGAUAAACCGAUAUUCUAAUCUGAAAAGGAAAUAGAAGCUCUUAAGCCAGAAAUUUCCUCAAUGUCCUUAUAAAUGUUCUCAGUGGAACUGAUCUCUGCUUUUUUCCAAGAACCAUGCUUUUUAAAAAACUUUGCCUGAGAACAUAAAUUCAAUAGAUACACAGGCACUAUAAACAUUUAAGAGGCUCAUGACAAACAGUGUCUUUUCAUGAAAGAAGUCUUCUCCUGGGAUGCCUGUAGCCAAUACUUUCGGGAAGCACGUGGUCAGAUGGAAAGGGACAUGUAAAAAUCAGAUAUUAGAGGUCUCCUCUCCUAGGCUAUAGUCAAAGGAGAGAAACAUCUGGAACAAUUCAUGGAGCUCAGACAGUUACUUUAGGAUUUACUUUAGGAUGAGGGCCCUUGCACACAUCUGGCAGCAGCGACCAGAGCUGGUGAAUAGUCUGGGAUAACCAGUUCAUACACUUGAGAGCACUUGUAUAAAAUGGGGUCAGACUAAUCCCUCCGAGGCAUCUCCAUUUGUUGUAACUGCAGGGAAAAUGUUGAGAAGUAAUUUUGGGGUGAUGGGCAGUAAUCAGUUUGACUGUUCACUUUUUUUGUUGGGGGGUUAAGAUGGGUCAUCAGGACUCCGGGAGGGCAGCUGAAUGACUGGAGGAGUACAAACAAUGCAGCUGUAGGCAGCUAAAAGUCACUACGAAAAGGACUGAAUCCAGCAAAUUCUGUAGGGAAGAUACAGGUCAUUUUUUCCCAACUGUUAUUUAUUUCCUUUUGCACUUUAUUUUAAUGUAAUGCUUAUUACUUUUUUUUUUUUUUUUUUAGCCAGUAAUGGUCAGCUUUUCUACCUCCCUUUAAGUUGCAGAAUUUGCUUAACCUUUUUUUAUAUGAAUUUAGAUUAGAUGUUUAAUUACUGGGAUUUCUCAGGUGUAGGCAACUUUACUAUGCUACAAAUAAACACCAUAAGUCAAUAUUGAUUUUCCUCCCUUGUAAAGCUCCCUCGUUGCUGGAAACUGUUAAUAUUUUUCAAGAUUCUACCAUGACCAUAUUUGUAUACAGCCUUUUACUGAGCUUGAAAUUCUAUACCAAAUACUUAUGUCUUUUAAAGACUGAAAUCUUCAAUAAAAUAUGUUACUCAUAAA